UUUCGCAUCGGUCUGUCAAGUGGCUGAGUGCGUUCAGGCAAACCAGCGGAAACUUAAUGGAGGAGGCUUUCUGCACAUUUUAACGAAUAAUCUAAUUUCUUACCACUUAAACAUAAUGAGACACUCCUUUUUACUUCUGGCUGUGUACAUAGCCUUUGUAAAUGCCACCGAAUUAACUUUUGAGUUGCCAGAUAACGAAAAGCAAUGCUUUUACGAGGAACUAGAGCAAGGAGCCAAGUUUGAUAUAGACUUUCAGGUUAUUGCUGGAGGAAACUAUGAUGUUGACUGUUUUGUGACCGAUCCAAUGAAUAACAUGCUGUAUCAGGAACGAAAAAAGCAGUAUGACAGCUUUUCCCACACAACAGUCAUGAAGGGAGUGUACAAGGUCUGCUUCAGCAAUGAGUUCUCAACCUUCUCUCACAAGACUGUUUACCUGGACUUCAGAAGUGGAGAGGAUGACCGGCUGUUGCCUGACAUGAACAGAGCCACAGCUCUCACACAGAUGGAGUCAGCCUGCCUGUCUAUCCAUGAGAUCCUCAAAGUGGUUUCAGACUCUCAGACCUGGUAUCGUCUUCGAGAGGCUCAGGAUCGUCUUAGAGCAGAGGACCUGAAUGAGCGUGUGCACUUUUGGUCCGUCGGGGAGACCGUCAUCCUGUUUGUAGUCUGUAUUGGCCAGGUGCUUAUGCUGAAGAGUUUCUUCAAUGAGAAGAAAACCGGUGUGUCCACCAGCACAUAGACUUAGAUCACUAAUCUACCAUGAAGACAAUAGCCAGCUGAUUCAUCAGUCUGUUCCCCAUAAAACAAGCAACCUUGAUUUGAUGCCUGCAACCAACCAAAAUUACCUCUCUGUCAAACAAAAUGCCUUAACAAUAAUGUACUAAAAGACACACAGAGUUCAGUAUCUUGUAUAGUUUUUCAAAUUGGCCUUAAUGUGCAUUGCUUAAUAUUGCAGCAAUGUUGCACCUUUAUUCUGACUUGAUCUUGGUUUGUUCUGGUGUUGUUUAUUUUGUAAAAAUUUCUGUGUUGUCCACUGUGUGUGUGCGUGUCAACUUUAAAUUCCUAAAGCCUUAAUAUACACUGUUAAAUAGAAUACAAAGUACUUAGUUGUGCUGACUAUAAUAAUAUUACUAUGAAAUAUUAUGUAUGUGUAUGUAUGCAUGUGUGUAUGUAUGU